AUGAUGGCGGCUGCGGCGACGAGAGCCAGAGGAGGACCGCGGCGCCCGUUCGCGCCCGUGGUGGUGUCGCCGCCGCCGCUGCCGGCGUCGCAGGCGGAGAAUCGGCUGGCGCGCGAGGACGCGCCGUCCUCGUUCGCGCGGCGGGAGCCGAGGAGGUUCGGGGCGUGCACCGGGAAGGUCACGGGACCAGCGGUUCUUGGCGCCGGCGGCAAAGCGGCCAAGAAGUGCGGCCCUGGGUCGUCCCCGGCCAAGAAGACGCCGGUGGCGGCGAAGAGGGCGCCGGGGACGGCGGCCAGGAGGAGGCUUGAUUCUUGCACCAAGAAGUGCUCGACUCUGGCGGCGGGCGGUGCGGUGGCGGCGUACGAGGCGCCGCGCGCGCCGGCGUCGGGCGCCGCCGAGGAGGGCGACGACGAGGUGCGGGCCAAGCUCUCCUACCCCUGCAGCGAGGCGGACCAAGAACGGCGGGGCAGCGAGGUCUCCGCCUCGCGGAACCGGGCGAUGACGGUCGUGGCGAUGGAGGAGGCCAUGGCGGGCCUCCCGGAGCCCGGCGAGGGCCGCGUCAAGUACCUGGUGGACACGUUCGAGCGGUUCCUCUCGCUGGGCGGCGGAGGAGGCGGAGGCGGCCCCAUGGCGCGGAACAGAGGCGCGGCGAGGAGGAGGAAGGGCGAGGGAACCGCGACCGCGACAGCGACGGUGUCGUUGCCAGCAACGCCGCGGGUGCCGAGGAGAUCGACGUGUCGUACCCUUCCAUUGCGUCGUCGUCCGAGGUCUCCUUCCCGGUCAUCCCCGGUGUCGCCUGCAUCCUCGACGCCUCCGACCGCACAAGCAGGAUCAGCCGUGCACGAGGCCAACGGCGGCAGAGGGCAUACAACGUACAGCACCGGAUCGUCGGAUAGGCCAUGGAGUUGCAGCAGGAAGGUGACAAGGGUGACCACUCAGCAGCCGUUCCGUCUCUGGACCGAGCAAAGGGGAAAAGCCAAGGAAGGAAAUUUUCUUGAGAGGCUGAGGAAGAUGCAGCGAGAGGAGGAGAGGCUGCGCCAUCCACUCGCGCAGGGUCUACCGUACACAACUGAUGAACCAGAGAUCCCCACGAAACCUCCAACAAAGGAACCCACGGAACCGAUCGAUCAUGUGCUGCACAGCGACGUGCGUGUGGUCAGACGCGUCAAGUUCGAUACCCAAGUCGCUGAGCGCAAUAGCUUCAUGGAGGAAGUGAAACUGGAGAGGGAAAGACAGCAGAAGUUGGAUGAGGAGAUUGAGAUCAACCAGCUAAGGAAGGAGCAGGUUCCAAGAGCACAUCCAAUGCCAGACUUCUCCAAGCCCUUUGUGCCAAAAAGUCUCACAAUCUCAGCACCCAAGAAGGUCAGUGAAGCUUCCUACAAUUCCCAGGGAGCCAAGGUUUCACUCCAGGUUGAUGAGGCGCAUCUCAAAGGCGCGAUGAUCUUUGAAAAUCGCCGGACGGCGAAGGGCACCGAGGUGUUCGUCGGCGGGCUGCCGCGGUCGGCCACGGAAAGCACGCUCCGGGAGAUAUUUUCUUCAUGCGGAGAGAUUAUUGACGUGCGUAUAAUGAAAGAUCAGAAUGGCCAUUCAAAGGGAUAUGGUUUUGUUAGGUUUUCAAAGAGGGAGUAUGCUAAUACGGCCAAAAGGCAAAAGAAUGGUAUUGAGCUUCAAGGAAAGAGGCUUCAUGUUGAUCUGUCAAUGGAUCAAGAUACAGUUUUCUUUGGAAAUCUUUGCAAAGAGUGGACUUUAGAAGAAUUUGAAGAAUUGAUUCGCAAGACAUUCAAAGAUGUUGUUUCGGUUGACCUUGCAAUGGCUUCAAAUCUUGGUUCUUCAAACAAGAGGAAUAUCAAUCGAGGCUUUGCAUUCGUGAGAUUUUCUUCUCAUGCAGCUGCAGCACGUGUAAUCCGUAUCGGUUCAAGAACAGAUUUUAUGCUUGGCGAUAUUUUGCAUCCUGCGAUAAAUUGGGCUGAUAAAGAGUCUCAUGUGGAUCCUGAUGAAAUGGCCAAGAUUAAGUCUGCUUUUGUUGGGAACCUGCCAGAAGAUGUUAGCGAGGAGUACUUGAGAAAGCUUUUUGAACAGUUCAGUGAGGUAGUACGGGUUGCUAUCUCAAGAAAAGGACAAGGCCCAGUUGGUUUUGUUCACUUCGCCAAUCGUUCAGAGCUUGAAAAUGCUAUAGAAGAAAUGGAUGGUAAAACGGUGAGAGGACCUAAUCGAGGACCGUCUUUCAGGAUCCAGGUGUCAGUUGCUCGACCUGUGGCAGACAAUGACAAGAAGCGAUCUCGUGAAGAAGUGAGAACUAGAAGAUCAAAUGUAUCAGGAGAUAGGCAAGAUUAUUCUCAUGGAAGAUAUGGACAUGAUUCACUUGAUCGUCAAGUGAAAGCUCCAAGAUUAUCUAAUUAUAUUGACAUCCAUUGUGUAAAAAGCCUCAAUGAGCUUCCUGAGUCAUCUGCUCUUGCUGUCCUUAAUCAGUUUUUGAUAUCGGGUGGAGAUAAACGCAAUAAAGGAGAUUAUUUUGCAUCAUUGAUUGCUAAGCACCAGGCUGAGGCCUUUGGCUUAACACAUACAUUGCACGGUACUACUUAUUUGCCAAGAAAUCCAGAAAUACAUAGCAAGCGAUACCCAGAUGAAGAUUAUGAUUUUGUGACACCCGGGAGCAGUAGAUACAAUUCCUCAGGCCAUCAUCCUUCAACAUAUUACGUAGACGAUCCACCAGUGUCUCAGUCAAGGAUUAGAAGAUAUGCUGAAGAAAGAUCCACCAUUGUAAGAAACCCAGAACCAUGUCCGCGACAUGACGAAAUUGACAUAAGAAUGAACCCAGAACCAAGAUUAGCGUAUGAAUCAAGACACAACACUGGAAAGCAUCUUGAUCGAAGAUACAUACAAGAGCAUAGUUCAAAUAUUGAAAGAUCAGCUGAAGAAGCUGUUCUUUCUAGGGAAAGGAGAUUCCUGCCUGCUGCAGGGUACAAGGCAGGGUACAACACGGACGUAGGGUCAGAUUUCCGCUCCAGGUCACCCGCUGAAUAUUCGGCAGAACGCCAACAAGUAAGGUUUGAUCCCUUCACAGGUGAACCCUACAAGUUUGAUCCCUUCACAGGUGAGCCCAUCAGGCCAGAUCCAAACCCGCGCCGCUCAGGAAGCUUGUACUGA